CCUUCAAGCUUCAACCUUUUUUCACCAAACACCGAAGAUCAGAGCAAUACAACAGCCACUGACCACAAACAAUCCAAAUUCCAAAAGCCCCAUUUUCAUUCUUUUGAGUCUUUUCCUUUCAAUUCACCAGAAAAAAAGGCAAAAAUGGCUUCCUUAUCCCACCACCAGACCUUCACCAACCCUCUUAUCCUGCACCGCACCCCUGUUAACCUACGCACCCCAACCUAUAAACCAUUCUCCGUUAAGUCCCAAGCCGCCCCGGUGCUUUCCCAAGAUGAACUCAAGAAACUGGCGGCCGACAAGGCAGUCGAGUCAGUCAAGUCCGGCAUGAUCCUUGGCCUCGGAACAGGCUCGACGGCGGCUUUCGUGGUCGACAAACUAGGCCAACUCCUUUCCACGGGCCAACUCUCCAACAUCAUAGGAAUCCCAACCUCGAAAAGAACACAAGAACAAGCCGCGUCGCUCAACAUCCCCUUAUCGACCCUCGACUCUCAUCCACACAUCGACCUCGCCAUCGACGGCGCCGACGAAGUCGACCCCAACCUCGACCUGGUUAAAGGCCGAGGAGGCGCACUUUUGCGUGAGAAAAUGGUCGAAGCGGCUUCGUCUUCGUUCAUCGUCGUGGCCGACGAUAGCAAGCUUGUUUCGGGGCUCGGAGGGAGCGGUUUAGCCAUGCCGGUUGAAGUCGUGCAGUUCUGCUGGAAAUACAAUCUGGUUAGACUCCAAGGGCUGUUUAAAGAGCUGGGUUGUGAAGCAAAUUUGAGGUUAGAUGGAAGUGAAAAACCUUAUGUGACUGAUAAUGGGAACUACAUUGUGGAUUUGUAUUUCCAGAAUCCGAUUAAAGAUGGGUUUGGAGCUGGGAAAGAGAUCUCUGCCUUGGAAGGUGUGGUGGAACAUGGGUUGUUUCUGGGGAUGGCUACCUCUGUUAUCAUUGCUGGGAAAACUGGUGUCGAGGUCAUGACCAAGUGAUUUUAUAUAGGUAGAGAUUUCUGGGGAAUUUGUUGCAAAAUGUUGAAUAAUUGAGGGGGAUUUUGGAACUGAAUUGAAUUGUUAAUGAAUAUGUAGUUUUAUCA